UCACUUAACCCUGGAAUUUCUACCUUUAUAGGUGGGCUGUGGUAUCCUUGGCACUUACGUGAAUUUUUGCUACCCUGGCUGUUGAAGCUGUUAUAAUUAAAUUGAGGUCAUUUACCACAGUAUGACUGGAGCUGUAUUUGUUGCCAUGUCCACUGCAUUUAUGUAAUGAGCAAUGGUCCUUCCAAGGGUAUGGCCGAGGGAACAUUAAAAUCUGUAGGAGAUGCUGAAUUUGCUACCUCACCAAAUGGCCAUACAACUGAGUGCAGUGAUACUGAAAUGGAGUGUAAAAGAAACUGCGUGGACCAGAAAGAUGCACCAAGGAAAUCACAGUCUUAUAAUAGAUUGGGCAGCCAGUGUUACAGUAAGUUACCACUGCCAUACCAAAGUGCUCUUAGUGAUAAUAAAACAUUCAAAGACUCUAUUAACCCCGAUGAGGUGAAUGAAGCUAACACUCUCAGUUCACCUAGCUUUAAUUCUAAAGCAAAUCCACAGCCAUCUUACCAUUUAGACUCACCACUAAGAUCUUGUCAAAAACAAAGUGGUUCAAGAUUUCUCCGUUGUGAACUUUGUAAUAAACUGUUCUCAGAAGAUGAUGCUGAGAAUGAAGAUGCACACAUUUCCAAAAAAAAAAUUACUGUUUGUCAAGUUUGCAACCAGAAAUAUUCAGUGCUAGAAGACAUUGCUGACAAGAAACCUCCUCCAAAAGCGAUUCUUGAUAACUCAUUGCUCCCUGCAACUUACCCACCAAAAUUAAUGUACAAUAAUUGUAAUGACAUACCCUCCAGAAAUAUUAAACAAAUCAAAAAUGGUUCCCAAAUAGUAGUGUCUGACACUAACACAAAAACUGAACAUCUAUUAAAAAAUAUAAAACAGGAGCCUGUCUCUGAAAAUGAUGAUAAUUUACCCACUGGUAUAAAACUACCACUUAAACAUAGUUUUCAAUCAUCUUGUUCCUUUUUUUUGACCACUAAUUUAAAACCAUGUAUCAAACGUAAUCAAGAAGUGAAAAACAAGAAGAAAGACUCUGUUCCCAGUGAAAACACAAAUAAAAAAGCUAGACUUGGAGAUUCAGAUCUGGCUAAAAAUGUAUCUGCAGAUCAGGAACAACUAGUUACUGUUGAUGUAAGUAAAAAUACUGUUGCUUGUUCACCAAAAGUGCAUGGCACUGAGGGCUACAGUCAAAAUUAUUUUAAAUUGGAGCCACCAAAUGUUUCUGAUUGUGCAAAGGAAGCUAAGAAAACAGUUCAUAUAAAAUCAAAAAGCACAAACGAAACUGAUUUCACAUUCAAGCUUCCUUCAGUUGCUUCAACUUAUUCAACUGGUAAAAAUGUUAAUAAAAGUAAAAAUGAUCCCACCUCUAAUACUUAUACAUUUGAAGGAAGUAUGAUGUGGAAUCCUGUGACCAAUAUUCCUACAACACAGGAGCAACAGAAAUCUGAUAAGAAAGACGGGAUCUCAGAAACUAACUCCUGCCCAAAAAGUGAGAGAAAAGAUGAUGAAAGUACCUAUAGCUGUGAAGGGAGUCUCUUUAUUAAACCAGUCCUUCCAAAUGAAUUUGCUUUUGAAGGUACAUUAUACAUCAAACCUGAUUCACCUCAUUUUCUUCAGACUACUGUUGACUCAUCUCCUACCACAUCUACUGCUAGUCCAUCUAAUUUAACAAAUAAAAUAGUUAACAUCCAAUCAGUAUUCACUAGUUCAGGUCAAGUUAUCAGCAAUGUCACAGUUCCUGCAACUGAUCAAAGCAGAACAGUCCCCAACAAUCAAAGAAUGCCUACAAAUGUAUGCAGAACCUAUGCCAGAACAACAACCACCAACAGCACUGUAGUCCCUAGAAUGACAAGCAGCAUCCCCACAUCAAUGCCAAAGGUACAGAAAAUUAUAUCAGAAGAGAAGAAAGACCUGCCAGUUAGGAAACAAGCUCUAAAUUCAGGAAGUGGAGGUGGACAUACUGACUUCAGUGUUAAAUCCAUUCUCAGUACCCCUGAUCGUAGAGGAACAGUGGGUAAUUCUGGGAUGCCUCAGGAACAGUAAAUAUGAGCAGUGCUUAUUGUGGCCUACUCACUUCAAAUGGUUCAUCUGUAUAUUAAGUUCUAGUUUAGGCAGGAUAUUUAAGAUGGUAUUUAUAUAGAAGGUCUUUCAUAACUAAUCCAUCAUUUCACUGUUCAUUCUCCAACUGUGUCUCUUAUCUUGCCUCAAUUUUUUCCUCUUCCUAUUUCAAUAUUUUUUGUCUCUUCCUCUCCAAUGCCUUCCUUUUUCAACUUGAAAAAGUUAGUCAAGUUGAUGCAAUGAUCCCAAAUUUAUUUGAUUUAUGUCCUAAUGUCAUUCCAUGAGGAGCUGGUUCAAAAUUGAUAUUUUACCCUCAAUUUCACAUGUAUCAUUUGUUUUACAACCAUUUAGAUAUAUAUAUAUA